CUUGAGGGAGCUGGUUAUCUGUUGUUGUUGUUGUUUUGUUUUUUUUGUUUUUGUUUUUUUUGCUGAAACAGUCUUUAUCAAGGCUUUUAUGCAAAUGCCUAAACAAGUAUUUGUUUCAUAAAAGGAAAAAGAAUGCAAAAUCCUUUGUUGCUUCUACUAACUCUGGAUUAAGUACAAAUGCAAAUGGCAGAUGUGAGAGCGUUUACUUUGUUCAGGCUCAUGAUUGGCUUUCAAGCAUCCCUCCUCAUCUUACCAUUUAAAGCUGAACAAUCCUGUCUUAUAUCUGCUGACCAGCGCACGGCAGACUGCCGGGGCCAGCGCCUGGAGCGAGUGCCUGUGGAGGAACUUCCUUCAUCCCUAGAGAUGCUAGAUCUUUCCUAUAACAUUCUACAGGUUAUCAAAAAUGAUGAUUUUAUUAAGCUGCCUCUCCUUAAUGUCCUAUGGCUUCAAUUUAACAAUAUAUCCUUGAUUGAGGAUGAAGCCUUUCAUAAAAAUCUGCUACUGGAGGAAGUAAAUAUGUUUAAUAACUCAAUGACUUCUAUUCCAUCAAAAGCAAUCGCCCCACUGAGCAGGUUGAAAGUUUUAGAGAUGGCAAAUAAUCUCUAUACUGGGGCAACACUGGAUGAUGUUUUUUUGAAUUUCAAGAGUCUAAAACUAUUGUCUUUGGGUGGUCCUGUACUCUGCAGUUUGAAAAAGGGUGACCUUGAUAUGUUAACGGACAUAUCUCUGGAGAGGAUUGCUAUAAAAACUAGUUCUACCCUUGAUGUUUAUGAUCCAGGUUAUCUAAAGAACAUCCAAACUGCAAAUUUGUGGCUGCAAAUAGCCAUAGAUAACAGCACACAUAUGCUUCCUCUGAUACUAAAAGACCUUGAACACAAAACUUUUAAAGCCAUUCGUUUUCGUAAUCUCUUUGAGUUUAGGUACUAUACUGACACAGAAGAUAUUUUCUAUGGAUUACAGUAUAUAAACACCCAGGAGCUGACCUUUCACAAUGGGAAAUUCAAUGAGGAUCUUCUACGAAUGGCCCUUGUGAAUUUAGAAAAAAGUGAGAUUAAAUCACUCGGAUUGUUCUUCAUUGAUUUUGCCCGGUCACAAGAAUUUGUGAAUAGUGAGGAGGGAUCCAGUAUGACAAACCUAGUACUGGAUAUGUUGGUUUUGUCGGAUAUCAGCAACCCAGAAAUCUUAACCUUUGACUGGAGUUUUACUUGGUUGAACAAGAUCCGCCACCUGCAAAUAAACAAUGUGAAUUUUAACUUUGUGCCCUGUGAUGCAUGGGAGGAGAUGAAAGAGGUUGAAAUACUUGAUCUGUCCAAUAACCGCCUUAAGGACAAUUUUCUUUUUAACCAGCAAUGUGACUACACAGAUACGAUGUUGGGGCUUCACACCUUUAAUCUUAGCAAUAACAAACUGACCAGUCUUAGCAACUUUGCAUUUCUUGCUGGAGAGUUCAGACACCUACGGGUAAUUGAUAUUAGUUACAAUCACUUUGGUUUUAAAGGGAACAGCCCCUGCUUUUGGAAACCAAACAUCACCACAGUUGUCGCUAACCAUAACAGUAUGGUUUUUGACAGCUUCAAAUGUCUCCCAACUACUGUAUUGUACCUCGAUCUCUCCUACUGUAAUAUAGACCAGUUAGAUGUGAACUAUUUCAGGAAGGCUGUUCAUCUAAGAGAGGUCUACCUCAGUGGUAACAAAAUUAAAUUCAUACCAUCUGAUUGGAAGAGCCCCAGUAUAAGGUCACUGGCUUUGGAUGGAAACUCUUUUGGAAUUAUUAGUAUGAGGUCAUUCAUGGGAUUGCCCAACCUGGAGCAGCUCAGGGCAGGGAACAACCCUUACCACUGUACCUGUGAGCUCCACAAUUUCAUAAAGCAAACCGAACUCAAAGGCAAAGUUAACAUUACAGACUGGCCAGAAAACUACAGGUGUUACCACCCAGAAGCCUUGCUCAAUACAAUGGUAUCUAAUUAUCUCCCUGCACAUAUAGUGUGUGAUAUCAGGCUGGUCAUUGUGAUUUCUGUUGUCACGACAGUAGGAGCUGUGCUAGCACUCAUUAUAAUAUGUUAUAUCUGUAAUAUACCGUGGUAUGCCAAAGCUACAUACCAAAUCGUCAGAGCAAAAUAUAGGUCUCAUAAAGAAGGACUAGCGCUUUCUGCGGACUAUAUGUUUCAUGCCUUCAUUUCCUACAGCCACUCAGAUGCAGACUGGGUAAGGGAUGAGCUGCUACCAUGCCUGGAGAACUCCAAGCCCCCUUACCGUCUUUGCAUUCAUGAAAGAGACUUUAUCCCAGGAAAAUGGAUCAUUGAUAACAUAAUUGAGAACAUUGAAAAUAGUAGGAAGGUUAUCUUUGUCCUGUCACAAAACUUCGUGAACAGUGAGUGGUGCAACUAUGAGCUCUACUUUGCCCAGCAGCGAGCAAUGGGCAAGACCUUCAGUGACGUCAUUCUAGUGGUAAAAGAACCCAUCGAUCCAAACUCACUGCCCAGCAAGUACUGUAAACUCAAAAAGAUGCUGAGCAACAAAACCUAUUUAGAGUGGCCUGAACAAUCCAAACAUCAAGCCUUCUUCUGGGCACAGCUGAGAAGUGUCAUGGGAAAGCCUAAUCACACACAACAGUCCUCAGCCUCCCUGCGCAGGCAUUCCACAAGAAUGAACACAGUGUCUGUGAUUGAGCUGGCUCAGGAACAUCAAAAGAUUGCAGAUUCAGGGCAAAAGAUAGCUUCUUAGAUAAAAUUUUAGUUUUAGGAAAGCUUUGAGGUCUUCCUAAGAAAAUCUCAGGGAAUCUCUCAGGAUGCUGCUGUGUUGAAUGCAUUCCACAACAAAGUGCAUUUUAAGAAACUUUACUAUUAAAGCUUUUCUACUGGUUAAGACACACUGGACAACAGAAAACUAACCACGAUCCCGCAUUUUGUAAUUUUUUCCACUGCUAAGCAAGCUGUGCUGCAUUUUUGUGGAAAUUUGUAAACAAUCAAAUCUCAGACCUAAGUAUUAAAUAUACAGUGAACCCUUGGAUUACAAGCAUAAUUAAUUCCGAAAGGGUUGUUAUAUAUCAAAAUAUUCGUAAAUCAAAACAUGGAUGUUGAUUAUAGUAAAGGGCCGAGCAGGGGAGACGAAUACCCACAAUUCCGCAGCGUAAGCGAGAGAAAAACCAUUGGCGCAGUUGUGAUCACACGACGCUUUGCGUCAAAACGAGAAGUGCAUACGUGCAACAUAAUACUCGGUACUCGUAAACCAAGUUUUUCCAAGUCAAAAAUUUUUGCUCGUUUUGCGGAACACUCGCAAACCGGAUUACUCACAAUCCGAGGUUCCACUGCAUUGUAUAGACAUGUAAUAUUGUAAGAAUCACAGAAUGACAUGUGGGUUGUAAGCUGCGUACACCAUGUGUAAUAAACUUGUCUGGGGCACCUUAAUUUAUACUCGAGUUAAACAAAGGGUCCUGUCUAAGUAUGUAUGUUAAACCGAAACUGCUGCUUUCCCCCUUUGCCAUCUGCUUGUCACCUAUUAAACAGUACAAAGUACAGACUGUUUUUCUUCAGAAAACUUCUUCCUUGCAGUUGAAUUUUCUGUUCUUGACCCAGCUGUACUGUGAACAAAGUGCAUGCUUUGACUCCAGGCGCAAAAAAGGAAAUUCAUCUUUACAGCAUAAAUUAUACACAAUAAAUCAAACUUACAUAGA